AAGAAAGAAAGAAAGAAAGAGCGAAGGAAAAGUAAGAAAACGACGAAGCCGAAACCAAAGCCUCAGCAAAUAUUUCCGUAUCGAAAUCUCAUCCAAGCUCUGAUCUGCUUGGACCUUCGCGUCCUUUUCCGAUUUUCAUCAGCCUAAAGUGCAGAACCCUAAAAAUGGCGGCGGUUUUGCCCCUACUCCUCAUCUUAGUUGUCGGUGCUCUUUCUCCAUCGGGAUUUUGUUUGCCUUCCAUUUCCACUGCGCCUGCUUUCCUCUGGUCGCCUAAUUACAACGAUCACUGGCUUCAGGCAUCUGUCAAUUAUCAGACUCUCUCUCCCAAGGAUCUUGCUAAGUCUGUUCUGUCUGAAGGAGGAUGGUCAAACUUAUUGUGCUCAGAAAGCAAAGUUAAGCAACCUGUGGAUCUGGCUCUUGUAUUUGUUGGUAGAGAGUUGCAAUCUUCAGAUAUUUAUGCAAACAAAAAUGCAGACAAAGAUUUGGUGAAUAGGCUCAAGGUCUCCUUCACAACAUCGAAUUUUUCCAUGGCAUUCCCCUACAUUGCAGCGUCAGAGGACGAGACACUGGUUGAUUCUUUGCUUGCAGGAUUUACUGAGAUGUGUGGGCGUGAUGUUGGACUCAGUAAUGUUGCGUUCUCGGAGUCUUGCUCUCUAACCAGUGGAAAUUUCCCAAAACUUUCAAACUUGCAGUCCGUUCAUGAUUAUCUGGCUUCCAGAAUGGAGAAGAGGGCAAAGGGGGAAGCAGAUGUGGUUGUAUUCUGCCAUGAAGGAUCUAAUUCUCUCAAUGAACUUCACCAACCACGUUUAGAGGGUGAAACAUUUGCCGAGCUUGUUAAUUCCAUGGAUCAGUCUGGGGAAAAAUAUGCAGUUCUAUAUGUUUCAGAUCCUUUUAAGUCAAUUCAAUAUCCUUCUUAUCGGGAAGUAGAAAGGUUUUUGCAAGAAAGCACCAAUUCUACAGGCUGUGGUGAAGUUUGCAAGAUCAAAUCAUCACUUCUGGAGGGGCUUUUAGUUGGCAUUGUUUUGCUUAUAAUCUUGAUAUCAGGCAUCUGUUGUAUGAUGGGAAUUGAUACUCCAACGAGAUUUGAGGCACCGCAAGACUCUUGAUUUGUCUUCGUGCAAGAUAAUACCUACCUGUUGCGCUGCUGCUGCUCUGUCCAAGGCAUCGGUAGUUUAGUUGCUUGUUAUAUAGUUCCAGUGGGUGGGAGAUACCUUGUAAUAUUUGUUACCUUGCUUAGAGCUUUUCACUGUGAUGGCAAUAAUGCAAUAUGAUAAUUUUUUUCUGUUGCAUUUUCGUUUUAGGUUUAUGCUGGUGGUGCUCUUGUAAUUUCAUUUAUUACUUUUGGCCAGUCUGGUGGGCUAUUGAGUUUAUGUGAUGAUAGUUGCAUUUAGUAUCGUUUUGGGCAAGGGAAGAAGUAAAGCCCAGCUGGAUCGAUAUUCUACCUCUUACCCAUUCUCUGUUUUAGAAUGUACUGAUAAAGGAAGGCCCGAAUGAGAGUUAUGUGAAUUUCCUAUUCCUUUCACAGCCUAAGGUUGUUAUUGACUUUUCAAAUUGCAUAUUUUGCAGAAACUUUAUUAUGUAAACUUGUGUUGAGUUUAAAAAGGUUGUAUA